ACUUCUGUAUUAUCCUUUAUUCUUUCCCCUCCCUGCCCCCUGGUAACUUGAUAACAGCAGUAUUUUAUAAAAAUACAAUGAAGUAAUAAAUGUACACUUUUUUUUUUUCUUUUUAGUUCAUUCACAUUAAAAUCACAUUUAUAAACAUGAUCCUAAGAAAUGGGUAUUGUAUUACUCGAUUUGCAUUGCAAUCUACACAUUUCCAUUUUAUUCAUACAACUUCACAAGAUGCAUUAUAUAAGGCAAUACAGAAAGGAAAUAUACGACAGGCACGAUUAGCUUAUGAGUCGUUAUCAGAGAAUCUAGACCGUCCACUGAUUCAGAAGCUAUUAAAAUUGGUCUCACAUAGUAAGCGUAAAGACGAUCUUUAUUUUAUGGAUAGAGUGCUAAAGGAAAUGAACAAUAGCUCGAGGAUUUCACCUACCCAUUUUGAAUAUCAUACACUCAUGUAUGCCUAUGGUGUCCAAAAAUUACCGGAGAAGGCAUAUAGUAUCCUUCAGAGAAUGAGUCAAGAGGCAAAAUUAGAACCCACCAUUUAUUCUUACAAUACCUUAUUGGGUUGCUAUAAACGUACACAUAACGUUCAAAGAGCCGAAGAGUUACUCGCUGAAAUGAAAGCACGCAAUAUUAAAGCAGAUACAGUGACGUAUAAUACGAUGUUGCAUUUAUUACUUAAAACUGAAGAAUUCAAUAAAUUGUUCAACAUGUUUCAAAGAAUGAUGGACGAAAAGGUCUCGAUGGAUGUUUACACAUAUUCAACUAUGUUAGAUGCAGUCAUUAAAUCAAAGGACCCAUUACAAAGGAAAGUAGGAGAGCGUAUCUGUGAGCAUUUGAUACAGAAACAGAUGGUUGAUGUGAAUACUGUGAAUAACAUGAUACGUUUUAUGGCAGAGACAGAUCUAAAUAAAGCAUUCAACUUUUAUCUUUCAUUAGAUAAACGAUAUCCACAUAUUAAACCAGAUAGAGUGACAUUUAAUAUUCUACUUGGUUUGUUCCUUAAGAACGGGAACCCGGCAAGGGCCUACAUGAUGUUCCAAGAUAUGAAAAAGAUGAAUUUGAAUCCAGAUUUAAUCACCUAUAGUAUAUUGAUCGAUGCAAAAGCAAAGGAAGGAAACUUGAAGGAAGCCAUACUGAUUUUCAAGGACAUGUGUAAUGCCUCUAUUGAGCCUAAUGAACGUAUCUUAAAUAGCUUAGUGAAUAUCGCAUCUUCUAAAUCUGCUUCUUCAUCUGAUUUAAAUGAAUUAAUCUCCUUAAUAGAACAGUAUCAAGAACGACUCCAAUUAGAUACACAGGCAUAUAAUUCUCUCAUGUAUGGUCUGGCAUUGAAUGGACGAUCUGAACAAGUACAAUAUAUCUAUGAUAGCCGAUUUCGUAACAUGACUUAUUAUCCUGACAUCAUCACCUUUACGAAUCUUAUCUUGGCUUAUAUUAAUGAUGAUUUAAUUGAAGACGCUAUAGGUAUCUAUCAAACAUUUCGAGAUUAUUACAAAAAGACGAGAGAUGAUUCAAAGAGAAACGGCAGAAAGAUCGACAUCGAAUUAGAUACUACAUUUUAUCUUACACUUAUCUCCGCCUUGACUAAUAAUGAACCAAGAGAACAAGAACGAAGGUUUGUAACUACCUAUGAUCCAGAGGACUCCUCACCUCGAUUACGUAUCGCUAUGACUAUGAUGAAUGAUAUGCGUCAACUUGGAAUAAAACCUACGACCUAUAAUUAUACAGCCCUGUUACAUGCCUGUGGACGAUACCGAGAUCAAUAUGUGCUAGAACAGAUUCAUAAUUUAAUUAAAGUAGAUCUUUAUUUAGAUCCUGAUAUUGGGUUAUAUAACUCUCUAAUAGAUGCCUACAAUCGAACAGGUAAUGGCUAUAUGGUUUUAGAUAUAUGGCAAACGUUGUUGGUGACUCCCACUUUAUCUCCUGAUUCCAUUACAGUCUCAAUCGUUCUAGAUAGUUGUGGACAUAAUGGCCUUUGGGAUUAUGCACCCUCGAUCUGGAAAUGGUUAAAACGAACUGAUUUCAAGUUAAAUACCAAUAAUUACAACUCAUAUAUAGAAUGUCUAUGUAGAGCAAGAGGUCGAACGGGAUGGGAUAUGGCACGUCAAAUAGUAGAGAAUGAAAUGCAAAGUCCUUUACAACCUAAACAUGGGUUAGCUGUCAUAGAUGAAAAGACUAUAAAUACAUUAAUCAGCUUUGCUAAAAAGAAAGAUUUUGAUGUAAAAGAAAUUGAAGAUCUUGAAAAAUGGAAGGCAUCUCUCUUCUGUAUUCCCCCUUGCUAAAUAACAAUAAAGUUUUUGUUUUGUUUUGUUUUUCUAAUCUUCUAUGUCCCCUUCUAGGAAGGAGAAAAUAGAUGAAUAGAGCAUUUUUUUUUAAAAAAAAU